ACAAACACCAUGGCCGCUCUGCAGUCUGCUUCCCGCUCUUCGGCGGUGGCCUUCUCGCGCCAGGCGCGCGUGGCCCCGCGCGUUGCCGCCAGCGUUGCUCGUCGCAGCCUGGUCGUGCGCGCUUCCCACGCCGAGAAGCCCCUGGUGGGCUCCGUGGCCCCUGACUUCAAGGCCCAGGCCGUGUUCGACCAGGAGUUCCAGGAGAUUACCCUGAGCAAGUACCGUGGCAAGUACGUGGUGCUGUUCUUCUACCCCCUGGACUUCACCUUCGUGUGCCCCACCGAGAUCACUGCCUUCUCGGACCGCUACAAGGAGUUCAAGGACAUCAACACCGAGGUUCUGGGUGUGUCUGUGGACAGCCAGUUCACCCACCUGGCCUGGAUUCAGACCGACCGCAAGGAGGGUGGCCUGGGCGACCUGGCCUACCCCCUGGUGGCUGACCUGAAGAAGGAGAUCUCCAAGGCCUACGGCGUCCUGACCGAGGACGGCAUCUCCCUGCGCGGCCUGUUCAUCAUCGACAAGGAGGGCGUUGUGCAGCACGCCACCAUCAACAACCUGGCUUUCGGCCGCUCGGUCGACGAGACCAAGCGUGUGCUGCAGGCCAUCCAGUACGUGCAGUCCAACCCCGAUGAGGUCUGCCCCGCCGGCUGGAAGCCCGGUGACAAGACCAUGAAGCCCGACCCCAAGGGCUCCAAGGAGUACUUCUCUGCCGUGUAACUUGACCUCUCCUAAAGAGGCCAUGGCACGCACUGGCGUCAGCGCAGUACUCUAGGCAUGCUGCACUUCAGCGGGCAUGCGGAAGACCAGUGCAUCGGCAGGCUGGGCGCGCACGGAGGCGAGAACCGAGGCGGCAGCAGCAGCGGCUGGCGGCUGUGGAAGUAGGCGCUAGCAGCAGCAGCGGCUGACGAGGUGACUUCGCCCGGAGGCGCGUGUGGCGGAGCAUGUGCACGUGGACUUGUACUUUUGGUUGAUGGAUCAGGGCUGCGUUGCUGGUGCUGCGGACUGGCGGUAGUCGCACGUGGCUGAUUGGUGCGUGUGGGUGCUGUGCGGGCUGGCGUGACGGCACGCAACCUGUGUGGGGACCUGUUGGUACGCUCGCGAUAAUGCAGUGCGCGGUCCGAGCGGAGGGACGCGGCGGUGAAUAGCUGCUGUAGUUUCAGGCAGGGAUGACACGGUGACGGGUGGUUGCGCCCACAUCCAACCGGCAUGAGUGCUUUCGCCCAAUUUUGCAGAUGAGGGCUGGUACAGGCUGGACGGCGUGUGAACGUUGCCGGGCGUUCCGUUGAAGGCGGGCGCUGCUUAUGGUGUAACCGAAACGUAUC